AUGGCAUGCUGUGGUUCCAUAAGGCUUCGAUUGAGGCCUUUAUCGGAGCUAAGGGGCAUCAGGGAAGUGAUAAAAACGUUGCAGCAAUGCAACGACAAUGGGAUCGUAGAUAUCAAAUCGACUGAUCUAUACACCAAAAAAAUACAUGAAACACUAGAUGCUCCUAAUAAUCAAGUUUCAUAUGGCGCCCUGAGUAAACAGGAUAGCAGUUCAGAAUGUUUUUAUCGGGAAUCUGUUGUUACAACUGAAACUGAUGGUGUUGUGGUCGUGAGAUUCCGUUCGGAUGUUGUGGAAUUCGAGCUUUCGGGUACAGAUGUACGCCAAAUCGACGAUCACACAAUAGUUGCAAUAUAUGGCAAUAGUUCUACUGAAUUGGGGCACGUUAUCCCAGUUGCUGGCAGCCCACAUACACUGUCCAAGGCAUUGUUCGCACUCACUGGGGCAUUCAGUAUGAUAUAUGUUUCAUUUUUAACGAACGAAAUAUACAUACUUAAAGAUGAAAUGGGCUUCAAAUCACUCCUAUUAGGCACUGAUGGAGACGACGUUAUUAUCUCAGAUGUAGCAACAUCAAUACAAAAUUCGUGGUACGAGAUACCGCCAGAUUUCAUGGUCAUCCUAAAUUCCGAAAUUAAACUUCUAAUUAGGCCUGAAACAAGGCUUAGUAGGCUUUGUCAACAAACUAAAAUAGCAUAUUCCAAUGCAACUCUAUCCGACGUAAACCGUGCCAUAGACCAGGUAGCCGACAGCAUAGCAAGUGCCGUGAAAGAUUUGUGCCUAACUAGGGUACAACGUGAUCGAAUCACUAUCCUAUUCUCAGGAGGGCUAGAUUCAGCUGUCCUUGUGGCCAUGGUUGCUGAACAUGUGAAAGAUAUCGAAUUCAUAGAACUUAUUAAUGUAGCAUUCAAGCCCAAAGUGGCACCAGAUAGAAUAACGGCCUUGUGUACAUACGAGGAUUUAAUUAUAAUAUAUCCACAUGUGAAUUUUAAACUAGUACUGGUGGAUGUAGACACGGAUGAAUACAAAAUGUUGGAGCCUUACCUAUUCUCCAAAAUCAUCCCAAAUAACACGCAUAUGGAUUUGAACAUUGCUGCGGCGCUACAUUACGCAGUAGCGUUCCGUGGCAAAGUAAUGCGCCCCGAAGUAAUUCAGAAUCCGGAGUGGCAGCAACUGAAGCGAUGCGUCGCAAUCUUGAGAAGCGUGAACAUAAGAGUCAACAUUUCCAUGAAAGAGAAGAGUACUGCCGCAUGUGGAGACCUGGGAUAUGCUGAUGAAGACAGUAAAAACAAUGAAAAAACGAAAACAACUACCAAGAAAACAGGCGUAGCCAAUACCGACAACGACGAAUGUGAAUUGGCGGAAGGGCUCUAUGAACUUAUCAGUGGAGGGGAUCAAGAUGCCUCCUAUAAGCCUUUAGUUCAUGACUAUGUCUCGAAUUCUAAAGAGGUCCUUAUCGGUAGUGGCGCCGAUGAGCUUUUUGGCGGAUACGGUAGACAUGCCGUGGCCCACCAAACUGAGGAUGCUUCAUAUUCCACCGAAGUUGACAAGGAUUUACGACGGUUGUGGAAACGGAACUUAGGAAGAGAUGACCGUGUAGUUAACGCUCAAGGAAUAAGAGCAUUAUAUCCAUAUCUUCAUGACGAUGUAAUCGGGACGCUCAUGAAACUCAAUAUCAACUCCGCAACUGUGGUAGAUGCACUAAACUGUCCAGAAUGGUUCAAAACACUUGCAGUGUACCAAAACAUUCAAUAUGAUACACUGAGGAACUGUGAAUUUCUAGACGAAGAUCGAAAUCGUAAUGUUGCCAUAUACAUCAACAAGUGGAUUCUGCGUGAAAUAGCGCUGAGAAUGGGAUUGAAGCAUUGUGCUCAUUUCAAAAAAAGAGCCAUACAGUUCGGCACAAGGAGUGCCAAGACUUUCAACACGUUACGAGGAAUGUCUAAUAGGGUAGCAAGCGACAAAGGCGCUGCUGUCAUUGAGCAUUCUGCAAUAUGA